CAUCAACUGAUUGUCGCAUACAUUCUACUGCUUUUUUUAGACUACCGGUAUAGCAAUCCGCAUUACCGACCUUUCUUGCCAGUCCUGCGGGGGACAGAGAUGAAGUCUCGUCACCGGAAGGUUCGUUGCUACACCGCUGCCUACCAAGCAGGAACACGGCCUACAGUCUACAGAUGGUGCCCCGUCUCCAAAUGGGUUAAACCCGAGUGCUCACUUGUGAACGAUGAAGUACUCUACUUACCUUGCGUAGCGCCUUGGCAUCAGCGAAGCUCUGUCGUCGUUGCUGAGCGCCGCAAUACCUCCAACACCCCACCCAACCCAUCACGCAUCAAUCAACCCCCAUCCAUCCAACACGCAUCCAUCUUCAACACUCCCGUCCUCGUCUCCAUCAAUUUCCACACCUACAUAUAAAUCCCCAACAUGGGCCGGCUAGAAGACGCAAUGACCGUCCAGAAGACCAACCCGGUAGAGGCAGAGACCCAAUACAAGGCGAUACUUUCCGUACGACCCGAGACCAACGAUGCGGCGCUCAAAGAAUACGAACAGGCCUUGAUGGCCCUUGGAGAGCUUUACAGAGAUGGAGGACGGACAGGAGAGCUUGCUGAGCUGGUGAAGGAGACUCUAACCGUGCUUAAUGCGUUUGCGAAGUCGAAGACAUCCAAGCUGGUCCGACAGAUGAUCGACCUCUUCACAACCAUCCCCGGAACCCUCGAUAUCCAGAUCAACAUCACAAAAUCGUGCAUAGAGUGGGCCAUCAACGAGCGUCGUUCCUUCCUCCGCCAGAGUUUAGAAGCCCGUCUCGUUGCGCUUUACCUUGAGAAGAACGCUUACCGGGAUGCCAUCGCCCUCAUCGACACGCUCCUCAAGGAGCUCAAGCGCGUGGAUGACAAAAUGAUGCUCGUUGAAGUGCAGCUCCUCGAAUCCCGCGCCUACCACGCCCUCCGAAACAUAGCCAAAUCUCGCGCUUCCCUCUCCUCCGCUCGCACCUCCGCCAAUGCUGUCUACUGUCCUCCGCUCACCCAGGCGGGACUUGACAUGCAGUCGGGAAUGCUGCACGCCGAGGAGAAAGACUUCAAUACGGCGUACUCGUACUUCAUCGAGGCGAUGGAAGGAUACCACUCGCAGGAGGAGACGAAGAAGGCGGUCGAUGCGUUGAAGUACAUGCUGCUCUGCAAGAUCAUGGAGAACCACACCGACGAGGUCAACUUGAUCCUCCAGGGCAAGCACGCGGUCCAGUAUGCCGGACGGGAUCUGGAAGCGAUGAAGGCGAUUGCCACUGCGCAUUCGAACCGCUCGCUCGCCGAGUUCGAGCAGGCCCUCAACAACUACAAGACGGAGCUCACCAGCGAUCGGUUUAUCCGCUCGCACUCGACUGAUCUCUACGACAACAUGCUCGAACACAACUUGUCGCGUGUGAUUGAGCCGUUCUCGAGAGUGGAAAUCAGCCAUGUGGCGAAGCUGGUGGGACUGGAUACCCAACAGGUCGAGACAAAGCUGUCGCGCAUGAUAUUGGACAAGAAGUUGAGCGGUGUUCUGGAUCAGGGCGAGGGCUGCUUGAUCGUCUUUGAAGAGCAAGGCUCCGACAUCUCGUAUGACGCAGCGCUGAAGACGAUCAAGAAGCUGAGUGAUGUCGUGGAAGUGUUGUAUACCAACCAAGCCUCGCUGCUGGAUUAGAGGCGCGCAAGGCUGAAUUUGUGUGGUCACUUUCUUUUUCUUCCGCGAUGCUCAUGAUUUGUAUUCUAGUCACUUGUGGGUCGUGUUUAUAGAAGCAAAUCUGUCCCUCGGUGGUGUU